CCUAGGGACCCAUGCCUAGGGACACUAGUGUUCCUGAGCCUCUUCACAGGAUCCUCAUGGACCGCACCGUGGUGCUCAUCACUGGCUGCUCCUCGGGCAUCGGCCUGCAUUUGGCCGUACGUCUGGCUUCAGACCCAUCCCGGAGCUUCAAAGUGUAUGCUACGCUGAGGGACCUGAAGGCACAGGGCCCGCUGUGGGAGUUGGCCCGGGCCCGGGGGUGCCCUUCUGACUCCCUGGAGACACUGGAAUUGGACGUAAGGGAUUCAAAUUCUGUGGCCGCUGCGCGGGCACGCGUGACUGAGGGCCGAGUGGAUGUGUUGGUGUGUAAUGCGGGCCGGGGCCUGUUCGGGCCGCUAGAGGCGCACGAGCUGGACGCCGUGGGCCAGGUGCUGGACGUGAAUGUGAUCGGAACCGUGCGGAUGCUGCAAGCUUUCCUGCCAGACAUGAAGCGGCGCCGUUCGGGACGCGUGUUGGUGACCGCGAGCGUGGGAGGCUUGAUGGGGCUGCCCUUCCACGCCGUUUACUGUGCCAGCAAGUUCGCGCUGGAAGGUUUAUGCGAGAGUCUGGCCGUUCUGUUGCUGCCCUUCGGUGUCCACGUGAGCCUCAUUGAGUGUGGCCCGGUGCACACAGCCUUCUACGAGAAGCUGGAGGGUGGCCCAGGCGGGGCUCUGGACCGCGCGGAUGCCCAGACCCGCCACCUCUUCUCACUCUACCAGCGCCACUACGAGCACAUCUUGCAAGAGGCACAGGAUCCGGAGGAGGUGACAGAGGUCUUCCUCGCCGCACUGCGUGACCCGCAGCCCGCCCUGCGCUACUUCAGUACGGAGAACUUCCUGCCCCUGGCCCGGCUGCGCCUGGAUGACCCCAGCGGCUGCAGCUAUGUGGCCGCCAUGCACCGCGCAGUGUUCUCCGAGGAGCAGGUGGAGGGGGCCGAGGCCAAGGCCAGAGCCCUAGGGGACCCUAAGCUCUGCGCUUCUCCCGCUGCCCCAAAAUAAAGGCUUUG